CACCAUCUAUUUGUUUUUUUAGGAAAUUAAGUUAGGUUAGAUUCAACGCAAAAACAGAUAGGAUUCAGGGCCCCCCCGGCCUCCUUACAUGUCAUUAUUUAUGGACAAAUUAUUUGUAUAAUUUGGAAAGUUCUCCAUAAAUUAAUUUAGAGAAGAAAAAAACGCGAUAAAAUGGAAAUGGACGAAUCAGCCCGAGCAGUAAUAUUAUUAUUAGAUAGAACGAAUUCGCAAGAAGUUACCAAAGCAGAAAAAUUCCAAAUCGUGGAGAAAAUGAAGCAAAAAACGAAAAAGCUACAGAAGAGGUGUUCUAUAAGUGCGGCUGCAGUAUAUCGAGAGGAAUUAGAAAGAGGAAUAAAAAAGCAAAGGAACUCGAUAGUUUUCGAGACAGUUACCGGAUCACAUCAGAUCAGCCUUUGCAGCUGUGACAACAUCAAAGCUGCCAACACCGAACAAGGGAACAGUGAGGCAGCAAUUGCGGAAACAAAAGCAAAAUGUACUGAAAUUUCAAUAAAUGCCGAAAAAGAGCUGUUUCAAUUGAAUGAUCUGCAAGAAGACAAAAUUGCGGCUCAAAGGGAAAACUAUCAACAAUUGACAGAACGUAGCCAGGAGCUUAAUCAGGACUUGAGAAAAGAAUCCGCGAUGCCCAAGUCACCCAUGUGCAUUGGAAUAUCAGGGCUGGACUGCAGUAGGGAAACUGCUGAGAACUUGGCCAAAAAGCUGAAUGACUUUCAAAAUUCAACGAAAACGACACAAGAGAAGAUAAAGAAACUGGAUAGCAUAAUUUCAAGAUAUGAGUAAGAAGGCACAAAGGCUUAAUGCCGAAAAAAACCCAAAUCACAAGCAUGUGAUUUUGUAUACUUUCUAUAGGUUAGAUAGUUUUUAGUUAUUAUAGUUAUUGUUAUUAGAAGUUAGAGUAAAUGUUAUUUUUCAACAGAAAUUUUCCAUAAUUAUUGUGGUUGAAAGUUUAUAGCUUAGACUAGUUAUUGUUACCUAUUGAUAUUGUAGAAUAUAAUUGUUUUCACAUAGAUAGUUGUUUGAUUUCAAUAGAUUUUUUUUAAAAAUCAUGCUUCAUAAAAACAAGUUUUUACCUGUCAAAGUUAACAACUGCGUGCAAGUCUCCACAUCAUGUAAUAUCGCCAAACGAUCCCAUGAAGCUGUAAUGGCCAGUUCUGCGCCGGCUAACCAUUCAGCAGCUGCAACUGCACCGGAAUGUCCCAUCAAUUCGCCAAUCGGUGUUCUCAGGGAGGCACCCCGUUGUGGCCCACCUACAUCAGGAGAAUCGUCAUUGGGAACCAGUUGUUCGGUGCAUUCGUCCAGUUCUUCUUCUGAUGAAUGACCUUUCUAUAUUAAAAUAAAAUUAUUAUUUUGUUGAA